UUAGUGGUUGAGUCGCACCACUAACCUAAUCUCAAAAAUCGUUGCUGUGUUUAGUGAGGAAAAUAAACGACCCCUUUUUCGACAAAUAUUGCACAAAAUGAGUGACGUGGAUAAGUGGAUAGAGAUCGCGAAGAGGUGUAAAUAUUUACCCGAGGAUGACUUACGGGAGCUUUGCAAUAUUGUAUGUGACUUGUUGUUGGAGGAGCCCAACGUACAACCGGUACAGACACCUGUAACAGUCUGCGGAGAUAUACAUGGCCAGUUCUAUGACUUAGAAGAAUUAUUCCACAUAGGGGGACAGGUGCCCCACACAAAGUAUAUAUUUAUGGGUGACUAUGUUGACCGGGGCUACUACAGCUUAGAAACACUCACACUACUUAUGGCACUUAAAGCGAGGUAUCCUGACAGGAUUAUAUUACUCAGAGGAAACCAUGAAACAUGUCAAAUCACAAAAGUGUAUGGCUUCUAUGACGAGUGCCUCAACAAAUAUGGGAACGCUAAUGCGUGGAAAGAUUGCUGUAGAGUGUUUGAUCUACUAACAGUAGCAGCAUUAAUAGACGAGACUGUGCUAUGUGUGCAUGGUGGGCUGUCUCCUGAGAUAUCCAUGUUAGAUCAAAUCCGAUGUAUUGACAGAAAUCAACAAAUACCACACAAAGGAGCCUUCUGCGAUCUAUUGUGGUCAGAUCCUGCUGAUGUCAAGAUGUGGUCUGUAAGUCCACGAGGCGCUGGGUGGUUAUUCGGUAGCUACGUCACAGAGCUUUUUAUGAAUUACAACAAUUUGAAUUUAAUCUGUCGGGCACAUCAGUUAGUAAAUGAAGGUUAUAAAUAUAUGUUUGACAAGCGCCUGGUGACAGUAUGGUCGGCUCCCAACUACUGUUACCGCUGCGGCAACGUCGCGUCCAUAUUAGAGUUCAACACAGUUAAUGACAGAACAGCGAAAUUGUUCCAAGCAGUACCCGAUAGCGAAAGAGAAGUACCCCCUCAACACACUACACCUUAUUUCCUGUGAAAUGUCGUUUAAGCAUAAGUGAAAGUAUUCCCCAAGUGUAAUAAAAUAAUGUUUUAUAUAUAAUAAAUUGUUGCAUACAA